CUUUAGGCCUCAAAAUUACUGAAAGUAGUGCUUCUGUUUGAACAGAAAGAAAUAUUAUUUAUUACACUGUAAACACAACACCACAGCGGAAGCGUCUGUUUAUUCUGAGGAUAAGGAACAAUCUGCUGAGUUACACACUUGAAAAUGUGGUUGACAAUGAAUCAUUGGUAUCUUUUCGACGGAGAAUUUUUUCAUAUUCCCUUCUAUGUUGAAUAAAACAUAAACUGAAAGUUUCACAGGAACAAUAUGACGACGUAUUUGCUGUAGGAAAAGAAGAAAUCAUUCAGCUAAUUCUGAAAUUUGUUCAUCAGCACUGAUUCUGUAGUCUUUUGUGAAACUAUUCUUUUGGAGUCGUAUCAUUGGUUUUUUACAGUCCUUCCUGGAAAAGGCAGUAAAUAAUUCGUUUUCAUAUUAUGUUGAGAUGAAAAGGAUAACAUAUGCGACUGGCAAAAAUAAAAUAUGGCACCUUAUUUGACGAAUUAUGACGAUAAAAGGACUGGAAAUAAUAACGAAAUUCAGAACCACAUAACAUUUUCUUGGAGGCAUAUAAAUGUAACAACUAAUAAAUUUUCUCCUCCAAAUAUCGAAACAAAAAAUGAGAUUCUGUUAAGAGAUGUAACUGGCGUUGCAUAUCCAGGAGAACUGCUUGUAAUCCUGGGACCCAGUGGAGCUGGAAAAACCACCCUUUUGAAUUGUCUGACACUCAGAAACCUACAAGGGCUCUCAAUCUCUGGUUCUGUUUCAAUUAACAACAAGCCUGUCACUAAGUGUGACUUGUCGUCUGUUUCAGCUUAUGUGCAACAAGAAGAGCUUUUUAUAGGAUGUUUGACUGUAAGAGAACAUCUGAUAUUUCAGGCUUUGAUGAGGAUGAAAGGCAGUUAUUCACAGAAAUUAGAACGAGUUGAAGAAGUGCUUCUGCAGUUAUCCCUAAAGGAUUGCGAGAACUGUCAGAUAGGAAUACCUGGCAUAAUUAAAGGGAUUUCUGGUGGAGAAAGGAAGAGGUUAGCCCUUGCUUCGGAAUUCCUGAUGAAUCCUCUCUUGAUCUUUUUCGAUGAACCUACCACUGGUUUGGAUUCUUAUAUGUCUUUGAACGUGGUGCAUACUAUCAAACGUAUAGCUAAGGGUGGCAGGACAGUUAUUGCAACCCUCCAUCAACCAUCAUCCGAGAUUUUCCAUCUGAUCGAUAAAAUCUGUUUGGUGGCGGAAGGAAGGAUUGUUUUCUUGGGAACAACAUCUGAGGCUACAGAUUUCUUUACGAAACUCCAAAUUCCAUGUCCUCCGAACUUCAAUCCAGCCGAUUAUUAUGUUCAACUCCUUUCUGUAAUACCAGGAAAAGAGGAGAGAUGUAUGGAGACUGUUAAAAACAUUUCUGAUGCUUUUCAAGCUUCGAAGAUUGCGAGGAAAAUUGAGGAUAUGGCUGAAAACGGAAUGGACACAGGAGCACCGUUGGCGGAAAAAAGUGUGAAGAGAAUUUACAAUACUGGUUGGUUUACUCAAAUGAGGGGAUUAUUUUGGAGGAGUUGGCUUACUGUUGUCAAGAAUCCAGAAUCUACAACGAACAGAAUUCGUGUUGUAUUUAUGGAAUCAUUCCUAAUUUUCAUAAUCUAUAAUGGACUGAUUUUGAACCAAGCAGGAAUAGCGAACAUGGAUGGUGUAUUGUCUUACCUCUUGAUAACACUGUCUUUCCAAGAAGUUUUUUGUGCGAUAGGUGCUUGUUGCUGGGAAAAAACUUUAUUCCUUAAAGAGCACAGUGAUGGAUUGUACAGAACCGACGUUUACUUUAUAUCGAAAAUUAUUUGCGAACUACCUAUGUCUUUUCUGUGCGAUAUUAUUCUAACGACUGUUUGUUAUUCGACAUUUGGAUCGAUAAUGAACGUAGGAAUGGGAGAAUAUUUGACUGCGUUAUUGAUUUCUGUUUUACUUGGUCAGACUGCACAAGGCUUAGGAUAUAUCAUUUCGUUUUUGGCCCCUAACGUUGACUCAGCACCUGCCUACGUGAAUAUAAUAGUUGUUCCAUUAAUGAUUUUAGGAGGGAUAUUUUUGAAUGUAAGCUCUAUACCUGUUUACUUAAAAGUGGUAUCAGACUUUUCUUGGUUCAAGUACGCGUAUGAAGCUUUUAUGAUAAAUUUAUGGUCUACAAUUGAAUAUAUACCCUGCAGCACAAAUUCAACAUCGACAUGUCUGAAUGAUGGCUAUCAGGUGCUGAAAAGCCUCUCUAUAAGUGUCGACGAAUUCUGGUUAUCGAUUAUCAACCUUGUCGUUUUAGCAAUUGUUUUUAGAGUUUUCGCUUUUUUAAUUUUGUUGAAAAAAGCAUCUUAUUCUGAUCCUUAA